UCCAGAAAGCACAGUUAACUUACCGUCAGCUAAACCCUGAACUUUCGGUUGAUUAACCCCAAACCUUGCUUACUCGAGGUGACUGUGCUCAUUACCAGAAGGGUGGCUGGUGGUACCACAUGUGUGCCCACUCCAACUUGAAUGGGUUGUGGUAUAGAGGAGCCCAUUACAGAAGUCAAUACCGGGAUGGUGUUUACUGGGCAGAGUUCCACGAAGGCUCGUACUCUCUAAAGAAAGUGGCCAUGAUGAUCAAACCUGCUUAACGUGAACAGAAACAAAUCAGCAGAGCACCCAGAGAAUUGAGAAUACUUCCAGGAUUUCCUGUUCGCAGAUGCUUCAUGCCACGCUUCAAACCUUUAUCACAAUUAAGAGAAAAUAAAUCCUUUUCACAAACAAUACCAAAGGAUACUCUGCAUCUAUCAUCCAUCUCAGCAGUUACCGGCAUUAUUGCUUAUCACUUGCUUGACAAUGCUUCUGCUCCAGCCGUUGAUAGGUCUCUUGCUGAUCAGCCUUGCUCAUGGCGACUGCCCCAUUUUGAUCAGUCCUGUUGAUGUGGUGGUUGAAUAUGGAGAUUCAUUUUCAGCGAACUGCUCCUCCACUGAUGAAACAAUCCAGUUCGGCUUGAGUUGGGAGGGAUAUGAUAAAACAAUGAAGAAGACUGAAGACGACAUAUUUGUGGAUGUGACGAACUGGGAGAUGAACCUUACUUGUUACAUGUACUCUAAUAAAACAAAGUGUUCACAGGGUCUUCCAGUUACUAUUUACAAGACUCCAGACAGUGUGUCCAUCAGCAUUGUGAAUCACACAGGACCAAUGAUAGAGGGACAGCAGUAUGAGCUCCAGUGUGACAUUUACAAUGUGGCUCCUGUUCAGGAGCUCACUGUCAAAUGGUACAAAGGACAGACUCUGCUGAAUCAAACCACCUUCACUGAGGAUAACAAGAGUCCAGUGAAUGAAACCGCCACACUCCAGAUCCGUCCAGACAGAGCUGAUGAUGGAGCUCAAUACAGGUGUGAAGCAGAGCUGGAUCUGGGAGAAGAUGGACCUCAAUAUCCUACAGAAUCUUUACAACCUCUCAGUGCUGAACUACACUAUAAACCAAAACACUCCAGUUCAACAGAGACCAUCAUUAAAAACGAUGAGGUCACGCUAAACUGUACAGUGAAGGCAAACCCGGCUCCUACGUACACAUGGCACUCAGAGCAUCUGAAAGAGGAGAUCAGCUCCUCAGUGCUCCAGUCCCCCACACUCAGUCCAGGAAACUACACGUGCACCGCCACAAACUCUCUGGGAAGUGACAGCAAAGUGUUCAUCAUCGAAUCUAAAGAGAGUCGAUGUCCUAUUCAACUCAUCCCACGGAGAGCUGUUGUGAGGUACGGCGAUUCUGUUGCAGUUAACUGUAGCGCUACAGUCCCACAUAAAGGGUUGGGAUGGGAAGCCAGUGAGGGAGGAGUGCCCAUGACCAGAGACAAAAAUAUGAUCACAUGGACAGUGUCACACCUGACAGAAUGGGACAUACAGCCAUUCUGCUACAUAAACCAUGAGGAACAGUGUCAAGUACAGCUCCCGGUCACUAUUUACAAGACUCCAGACAGUGUGUCCAUAAGCAUUGUGGAUCACAGAGGACCAAUGAUAGAGGGACAGCAGUAUAAGCUCCAGUGUGAUGUUCACGAUGUGGCUCCUGUUCAGAAUCUCACUGUCAAAUGGUACAAAGGACAGACUCUGCUGGAUAAAACCACCUUCACUGAGGAUAGCAAGACUCCAUUGAAUGAAACCGCCACACUCCUGAUCCGUCCAGACAGAGCUGAUGAUGGAGCUCAAUACAGGUGUGAAGCAGAGCUGGAACUGGGAGCAGAAGGACCUCAACCUCCUCCAAAAGAAACAUCAGAACCUCUCAACAUUACUGUAUAUUAUGCUCCAAAAAUUCCAUUUUGUGACAGCUGGUCACCAUUGACAGGGACCUCAUUGGAUUCAUAUCCUUUAAAUUUAGAUUCUGUUGUGGGUAACCCUCGUCCAAACAUCUCCUGGAGACACAAAGCAUCAUCAGUCAAUUCCUCUAUGCGUCUUACCAAAUUUGAUUCCGGCCAAUAUGAAAUCAUUGCCAGUAAUGACCUUAGUGAUUUCAAUUGUUCUGUAAACAUCACAGUAGAGUAUCCUCCAGAACUGAACUGCAGUGAGACCUACGAAGUAAAAGAAGAAACAUUAUUCGAAUUUCCUUGCAUAGCCGAUGGAUUACCAAAGCCUGAGUUCUCUCUCUACAAAAAUGGAAAAACUAUCCAGCGUGAACUUUUUUCCCCCAACUGGAAUGAUAGUGGCCGGUAUCAAUUAACUGCAGAAAACCCACAUGGAACUAUAAAUUCUACAUUCACCAUCAACAUCCUACAUGCCCCAGUGUUCUAUGCCAGCCAAGAGGAUUUUCACGUGAAAGAAGACAGCAACCUAACGCUAGAGUGCAACUCGACUGGUAACCCAGAACCUGAGAUGUGGUUGAGCUUCAAUAAUAAGACCAUCUCCACUGGGAGGCGCCACAUAACCCUAAACAUUGAGAGAGCAACGUCUACCAAUGCUGGAGUCUAUACAUGCAGCGCCGCGAAUAAAUUUGGAAGCAAGGAGAAAAGAUUCAUAGUGAAGAUAAGAGAUGACUCCCCGAGCAACUUUCCUUUUGUUGUUCUGGUAUUGAUACUGCUACUUGUUUUCAUAAUCUUCAUUGUGGUGAUCUUGAUCUUGCGGCAGAAGAAAAAUAAAACAGGACAUUAUGAAGUACAGUCAGGGAAGGAGUUUGAAAUGCGUCCGUUAAGCAAUGGGGGCCCUGAGUGAGUUUUAUCCUGUUUUAAUCAGUUAAAAUAUGCUUAGAUUGAAAAAAGAUAAUAUACUGAACAUCAUCCAGGUUGCAAUAAAUAAAAACAUUCUAUAAAUAUCUGUUGUAUAAUGUGUAAAAUCUAAUUUUGUACAGCAUGCACUUGUCACUUGUGUAUAUGAUAUGGAUGAUAUUUCAGUGACAAAGAAGAAUGUUUGAGAUGAAUAAAAAAAAAAAAAACAUUUAAAAUGUAUCAUCUUGUCACAUGACAACAAAAUGGUUUGCUGUAUGUUGGUUAUGGUUCUGAUUUAUCUGCUGUUGUCUUAGGAGAUGGUCAAUUUUGGUUAAAUAUGUGUAAAAUAAAAAAAGGUUUUUUUUGUGUUUAAUAGCUUUUUACUUUUGUUAGUUUUUUUUGAGAGAGAUGAAGAGAGAGGAUAGACAAUUUCCAGGCCAGAAAUAUGCUUUCUGUGUUAGACAAGUUUGACAUUCUGUAUUGGGAGAUAUUUUAGGAGUAAUCUGCCUGUUUUUUUUUUUUUUUUUUUUUUUUUUUUUUAAUAAUAAUAAUGAUACAAUAAAGGAGGAAAAUGCUGCACAAAUUUUUUGAAAUUAAAUAUUUUUAAACAAACUAAUGAAAGAUUAUACCAAGCUACUUUUGCUAAAUAAAUAAAUUGUUUCUUUUUGGAGCCCUUUAA